UUGAUGAUGACGGCAGUAGCGCGGCGGAGCAAGUUCGACAUUGCGGUGGUUCUGGUAUGGAGUGAGAAAGAUUUGGUGUGGGAAGCUACAUGAUAUGAGUUUAAAGUUCAGAUUGAUCUAAGAGCUUAAAAAAAUGAUUUUCAAGAAUUUCUUGGGGUGAAAGAAUGCAAUGGAAACUUUUGUGAAAAAAAUUCUCGAAAUUUUGAUAAGCUCUACAUGAAAAUAUUCUAGUGAUGAAUACACCAUCUAACAACCAUACUACUGAGCCUAGGGAUGUCGCUAGUUCGAGUUCUAAUUCCACCGGAAUUAACCUACCUCCGAGGAAUUCAAGUUCUAAUUCCACCAGAAUUAACCUACCGCCGAGGAAGCCAGACUCGAAGUUUCAACGUGUUUCACAUACCCCACUUAUGACAGAACCGCCCGGCACAUUAACAAAUCAAGUAGGUAAUAAGUUUUACGAGGCAUUUCAACAAAAACAUGGAAGUUAUGCUGAUCUUCCUGCUGCCAAAAUUACGGAACUAAUGAAAUCGUCUAGUUUGGAUCAUUUAAUGAUGCAGAAUGCUCCUACUCAAUCACUUUUGAGUGUUGUGAAUGGUAUCCUAGAAGAAAGUGUUGAAAGAAGAAGUGGCGAAAUACCCCUUCGCGUGGCUUGCUUGUUGAGGAAAGUUGUCCAAGAGAUUGAGCGGCGUAUAUCAACACAGCAAGAACAUUUAAGAACGCAAAACAAUCUUUUUAAGACUCGUGAAGAAAAAUAUAAAUCAAGAAUAUCAGUACUCGAGGCUCUUGCAUCAGGAAUAAAGGAAGAGAGUAAGAAUGAGAAUAUUAUAAAGGAAGAAAAAAAUGCACAUGACUCGAGACCGACUGAGAAGAUUGUCAAGGAAGAAAAAAAUGUAAAUGACUCGAAACUGACUGAGAAGAUUGUCAAAGGCGAAAAGAAAACAGAUGAGUCGAUGCAGACCGAUAACAUUAAAGACGAGGAAGAAAAGAAAGAAAUUGAUAAAGAAGUUAUUAGAUUGAUUAAAGAAGUGGAGGACAAAAAUUUAGAAAAAAUGGAAAUUGAUAAAGAAGUUAGUAGAUUGAUCAAAGAGGUCGAGGACAAAAAUAUGAAAAUUUCAACAUUGGAGCUAGACAUAGAAACAAUCCAAAAAAGAUAUGAAGUUGAAUGCUCAAAGAUGGAAUCAGAAGCUAAGGAUGAAAUGGAUAAAGAAGUUAUUCGAUUGAAUAAAGAGAUCGAGGUCAAAAAUAUGAAAAUUUCAACAUUGGAGCAAAACAUAGAAACAAUCCAAAAAAGAUAUGAAGUUGAAUGCUCAAAGAUGGAAUCAGAAACUAAGGAUGAAAUGGAUAAAGAAGUUAUUCGAUUGAGUAAAGAGAUCGAGGACAAAAAUAUGGAAAUUUCAACAUUGAAGCGAGACAUAGAAACAAUCAAACAAAGAUAUGAAGCACAAUGCUCAAAGAUGGAUUCGGAAGCUAAGAAUGAAAUGGAUAAAGAAGUUAUUAGAUUGAAUAGAGAGAUGGAGAACAAAAAUAUGGAAAUUUCAACAUUGAAGCAAGACAUAGAAACGAUCAAAAAACGAUAUGAAGAGCAAUGCUCAAAGUUGGAAUCAGAAGCUAAGGAUUCUAAAGGAGAAUUGAUUAAAGAGGUGGGAGAAAAAAAUAUGGAAAUUUCAACAUUGAAACAAGACAUAGAAACGAUCAAAAAACGAUAUGAAGUCGAAUGCUCAAAGAUGGAAUCAGAAGCUAAGGAUUCUAAAGGAGAAUUGAUUAAAGAGAUGGAGGACAAAAAUAUGGAAAUUUCAACAUUGAAGCAAAACAUAGAAACGAUCAAAAAACGAUAUGAAGAACAAUGCUCAACGUUGGAAUCAGAAGCUAAGGAUUCUAAAGGAGAAUUGAUUAAAGUGGUGGAAGAUAAAAAUAUGGAAAUUUCAACAUUGAAGCAAGACAUAGAAACAAUAAAAAAAAGUUAUGAAAUACAAUGUUCAAAGUUGGAAUCAGAAGCUAAUGAUUCUAAAGGAGAAUUGAUUAAAAAGAUGGAAGAUAAAAAUAUGGAAAUUUCAACAUUGAAGCAAGAGUUAGAAACACUUAAAAAAAGUUAUGAAGUACAAUGCUCAAAGUUGGAAUCAGAAGUUAAGGAUGCUAAAGGAGAAUUGAAACAAAAAUCACAAGAAUAUGAGGAUCUAUUGGAAAAGUUAAGAAAUAAACUUCAAGAGAGUGAAACUUUGACUAAGUUAAAACUUGAGAAGUGGAACAUGAAACAAACCCUAAUGCAGAAAGCUAUGAAUUUUCAGUUUGGUUCUAUACAGCAAUUGAAAUUGUCUUGGGAAUCCAUUAAGCAAGAUGUUAUGAAAGAGCAAACGAUGUACUCAGAGGAAUGCAAAAGAUUUGGUGUAAAUAUUAAACCACUAGUGCAUGCAGCUGAGAAUUAUCAUACAAUUCUUGAAGAAAAUAGAAAAUUAUUUAAUGAACUUCAAGAAUUAAAAGGAAAUAUUAGAGUAUAUUGUAGAAUUAGACCAUUUAUGCCUGGCCAAAAAGAUAAACAAUCUAUUGUUGAACGCAUUGGUGAAUCAGAUAUGGUUGUAGCAAAUCCAGACAAAAAAGGAAAAGAAGCACUCAAAACAUUUAAGUUUAAUAAGAUCUUUGGCCCUGCCUCAACUCAAGCUGAAGUAUAUGAUGACAUACAAGCCUUUAUAAGAUCAGUACUUGAUGGUUAUAAUGUUUGUAUAUUUGCUUAUGGUCAAACAGGUUCAGGAAAAACUUAUACAAUGAGUGGUCCAAACAAUGCAACCAAUGAGGAUGUUGGUGUUAACUAUAGAGCUCUAAAUGAUCUCUUCAACAUAUCAGCAAGCAGACAAAGCUCCAUAGUUUAUGAAAUUGGAGUUCAGAUUAUUGAGAUAUAUAAUGAACAAGUUCGAGAUUUGUUAUCAACUGAUGCAUCUGUCAAAAAACUUGGGAUAUUGAAUCACUCUCAACCAAAUGGUUUAGCAGUACCUGAUGCUACUAUGCUCCCUUGUAAAUCAACUGCUGAUGUCAUAAAGCUAAUGGACAUUGGUUUGAAAAAUAGAGCAAAGAGUUCAACUGCUAUGAAUGAACGAAGUAGUCGUUCUCACAGUGUGGUUUCGAUUCAUGUUCGUGGCGCAGAUAAGAAAUCUGGUUCGACUCUCCAAGGUAAUCUUCAUUUGGUAGAUUUGGCGGGAAGUGAAAGGAUAGAUCGCUCUGAAGUAACCGGUGAUAGAUUAAAGGAAGCACAACAUAUUAACAAAUCAUUGUCUGCUCUUGGGGAUGUCAUUUUUGCCCUUGCUCAAAAGAGUUCUCAUGUACCAUAUAGAAACAGCAAGCUCACACAAAUUUUGCAAACCGCUCUCGGUGGUCAUGCAAAGACACUCAUGUUAGUUCAAAUUAAUUCAGAGUUGAAGUCUUAUUCCGAAUCUUUGAGUACUUUAAAAUUUGCUGAGAGGGUUUCUGGAGUUGAGUUAGGAGUUGCAAAAAGUUCAAAAGAUGGAAGAGAUGUUAGAGAAUUAAUGGAACAGGUGGCUUCUCUCAAAGAUACGAUUUCGACAAAAGAUGAAGAAAUCGAGCGACUACAAUUACUUAAGGAUCUAAAAUCGAGUGGUGAAUAGAUAUUGAUGAUUCUUAUUCACAAAGUCAUUAGAUAACAUAGACAAGUAUAUAAGUAGUGUAUAUAUUAUCACAUUUUUAACCAUUUCCCCUAACUUAUGGCUCCAAUAACUGUAAAGUAUUAGGCUUAGGCUUGUUAAAAUUUUAUUCUUGAACUUUGCACAUUUGUAUAUAUGUACAUAAAUACACAUUCAUUUAUGUAAGUUAUAACUUUCUAUUUUUCUAU